CACGGCCCUUGUUCAACGACUCCCCACAUUCCUUACAAAAAAUCCACAAAAAAACCAAAAGCCAACUUCCAACUUUCGCUAUGCUCUCUCACAGAGAUCACCUUCCAACUAGGUCUCACCACAAACGGGCUAUCCCAGAUUCCUGCCUCAAAGGUGGUUUUUACAAGUCCCCUUCAGCCUCCUCCGUGUAUACCCUCUCUUCAGCACCCGAGGCUCUCAACAACGCUCAACUCCCAGUUUCUUGGGAUCCGGCUUGCAUUCCUACCAUUCCUACCCAGAAACAGGAUCUGUGUGAUAUCUACUUGUUCAACCCCACCGCCGCCCAAGCAAGGAUUCACUACUGGACGAACGUACCAUUUUCAGCCGGUUCUGCCAACUUGACCCUCAGCCCAGACUGGUGGGGUAAAGCCAGUUCUAUCUCUCUCCAACUUUCUGUUGUUCCACACGGGGACCUCCCAUUCCUUUCCACUCUCCCAGCCGCCCCUUAUUUCAAAGUUAAUUAUGACUCUAGCAAACCACCUACUACUCUUGCAUCGGAUAGCAGCGACAGUACAGAUUACUCCGGUGCUGCUCAAAAGAAAGCUGCUGCAGAAAAGUCGUUGUCCAAAGGAAAAAUUGCUGUUGGUGUUCUCAUACCCCUCCUUUGCAUCGCAUUAGGCAUCUUCGCCUAUAUCAAAUGGCAACGAAGGAAAGGCAAGAAGGAGAGGCAGGUCUGGACUGAGAAGGUCGAUCAACGUAUGUCUGUCGUUUCACAGGAUUGGAAGAGUAUGUCCGUCGGAGGUGCUCAAGCCGCCAUUCGCGCCUCCAUGGCCGGAAGUGCUUUUAACGUUAAUGACGGGGGUGUCGGGGUUAGGCGAAGUGUCGUGGUCGGACAGGGUGAAAGGCAGAGCGCCUUCUCCUUUGGUAACAUCCGACCCGCCAGCUCCGUCUACGCACCUGAGAACAACACUGCUGGCAUUGGUGCCAAUCAUGGAGGUUACGCUAUUGAAGUCGGACCCGAUGGCGCACCCGUCAUGUCGGAAAUCCUCCCAUCCGGUCUCUCUUCCAGCUCUAACGCCAAGUCCCCUGGUGUUGGCUUGAGAUCCUCAGCUUAUUCGAACGCUCAAGUUGCUCAGAGAGUUUCACGGGUAUCCUUCGCAGACACCGUAAACACCCGUCCUUCUGGAGAGACCAGGAGGAGUAUCUAUUCCACUUAUGAGAGAAAGAGCCGUGCCUUCCAUCAAGGCCACGUACCACCCGUUCCUACUCACCUCAACACCUCGACUGCUACCUUGGGACAUUUCGAUGAAGAGUCUGACAACCAAGCUACUUUCAUGUCACCCACCCAGGCUGCUGGUGCUCGUUCAUUGAGUUUAGAGGAUAUCGACAAGCGCGUUUCGCAGCGGGUCGAUGGUUAUGAUGACGGUGACAUGGAGCCCGCCCUCAACAUGAUCCGUGCCCAAGCAGCUGAAACCGAAGCACAGUAUGCCGCUAUGCCUUCCCUUCCUACACCUACACACCACGCCAAUACCACUUUCGCAUUUGGUGGUUUAGCUUCUGACGAUCCGACCCUCUUCACGGCCUCCCCCGUUACUGCUGCGUUCCCCGUUCCUUCCGCGCCUUUCAAUGCCUAUUCCCCGACCUCAGCUACGCAGAGUCAGCUACCUAUCACCCCCAUAGCACCCGUCCAGGCUCAGUUCAUGACUCCGGAUGACAUGUUGAGGGCAUACGCCGAAAGAGCGAAGAGUCCACCUGUUGGUAUGAACAGGGCAACCCCUUCCCCCGCUUUGGGUGGAAACGGCAGAAGUAGGAUCUUGGAUAUGGGCGGUUUGGGAGGUGUCCCAAGUGUUCCCAUGAUUGAUGUGAAAGUGACUCCGGCAGGGAAUGGAGUGAUUAGUCCUACAAGGGGAGCCUAUGGCGUUUAUGAAGACUACCUUGGGGGAAUUGCGAAGUGAGGGACGGGCGUCUCCAGCAUACACGACCUAUGACCGUUUCCGGUCGCCCGCGGCUUUUAUGGCCAUUCCUCCUUGUAUUCAUGCCUCCCUUUUUAGCUUUCGAUCUUUCAUUAUGCCAUAACUUAUGGAUCUAUUACGUUUUUUUUCUCCGCCAUGAGUCUGGAUGUGCAUACUCGAUUUGUACGGUUUUCACUUCUUUACCUCCUACGCCCAAUUUCCAACCCACCAUUACUCUUAACACCUCUCCUCGUUCUCCGACGGCUAGCCUGCGGUACCUUGUUUCUUGUGCUUGUGUUUAUCACUUAUGCCUUUUUUUCACCCUCCUCGUUCCUCAGCUCUCCUCGAGCAAUCCCCAGUGGAUACCUGUCUUUACUCUCUGUCACCCACUACGUGCUAUAUACCUUCCGCCUGAUCUUUUGUUCUUGUGUAUGUAACUUCGAUUCCUGAGCAUAUCUCACGCUUGUUCUAGUGGUUCUCUGUCCUUACUCCUUGUUACCCACUAAUACAUCACAUUGCGUG